UCUUAGUACCUAUAUGCUGCUUAAAAGAUUAUGCAUGGGUAGUCUCUAUAUCUCAUGUUUUCUGUCAUUCAAUUCACGAGGAGUAAUGGUUCUAAUAUAAAUAAGUAUUUUUUAGUUUUAAUCGCUUCCAAUGUCAAUUUAACUUCUCGGUGUUAUUCAAAAUUUAAAUGAAUUGAUUUUAAUACUUGAUUUUUGACACACUUAAUGAGCAGAGAAACCAGAUAAUAUGUCAUUCAUUAAGUCGUCUCCAGUGACACAUAUUAUAAUCGCACUAGUGUUUUUAGUAUCAGGUCUUACUGUCAACUUGUUACAGUUAUUAUUUUUUAUAGUCUUGUGGCCACUACACAAAGAGCUUUUCAGAAAAAUUAACUACUAUUUUUCAUACAUUAUUUACUCAGAACUCGUUUUCCUAUCCGAUUGGUGGGCUGGUGUGCAAUAUUACUUUUAUGUGGACAAAGAUGAUUACAAUAAUUACUUUGGCAAAGAACACGCGAUAUUCAUUAUUAACCACAAGUAUGAAAUUGACUGGCUAACUGCUUGGGUCGUUAACGAUCGAAUCGGUGGUAUUCUCGGGAACUGCAAAGCAUUCGCGAAAAAUAGUCUCAAGUACAUGCCCGUAAUUGGUUGGGCUUGGUGGUUUGGCGAAUUUUUAUUCCUUCAGAGAGACUUGGUAAAAGACAAGUACACAAUAGAAACUAAGCUUAAAACAUUGUUCGAAUAUGAAAACCCAGUCACGAUGUUACUAUAUGCAGAAGGUACCAGAUUUACAAAAGAAAAACAAGAAGCCAGCAUUAAGUUCGCCAGAACAAAAGGACUACCGGAGUUAAAAGAACACUUGUUGCCGAGGACUAAAGGUUUUAGCAUUGGAUUACCUCAUUUUAGACACAAUUUGCCAGCCGUCUAUAAUGUUCAAAUUGCUUUUAGAAGAGAAGAAAAACCAUCGUUGAGAGCAUUAUUAAAUGGUCAACGGUUAGAAGCGCAUGUAUACAUAGAAAGAAUACCUAUUGAACAAGUUCCAGAAAACGACAAAGAAUGUGACAAAUGGAUGUACGAAUUGUACGAGAAAAAAGAUAAAAUGAUGGUCAGCUUCUUUAACACAGGAGAUUGGUUUAAAGAAAGUGGCGUAAAGCCACUGGAGAAAUUUGUUCCACCAUUACGUUAUUAUAGUCUUAUAAAUAUAAUAUUAUGGUCAAUCUUAAUUUUGGUACCAUUUUUCUACUUUACAUUUAACGUAUUGAUUUCGGGAAAUUUACUUCAUAUAUUAAUGUUGAUGGUACCACUUGGUUUACUUUAUGUAAUCUUGUCCAAAUUGAUGAGCGUUUCUGAAAUAGGCAAGACGUCAUCAGAAUACGGUACAGACAAAAAAAAAACAAAAUAACUACAAAUUAAUGAAAUAAAAAAAAAUGUUAAAAUUAGUUUUGAAACUAUAAGUUUCAAGUUAAAAAUGUUAAUUUAAAUCAUAAGUCAUAGUUAUUGUCAUAUAGCUAUACUAUAGCAAGAUAUUCUAAUAUGUGUUUUAAUUAUUUUGACAUUAACUAUUAAAAUUUUAAUUUAUUUUUUUUAAAUAUAUUAUAAUUUAUAGGCAUCUACUAAUCAAUAAUUUAAAUGCGUAUAAUUAUUCAAUACACAAUAUUAUAGUUUACAUUCAUAAUAAAACUUUUGAGUGAAAU